CCAAGCGCCGCCGCGUGUCGCAAACGCCGCAGCUGGGCGCGGAAUCCGGCACCGGCGGCUGCACCACGCGCGGCGGCGGCUGCCAUGGAGGGGACCGCGGCGGCGGUAGCGACGGAGCUGGCUGCGAUGGCGGAGGCGAGCGCGGCGGCGGCGGCUUCUUGCGCUGAGGCGGAGGUGGCGGCGGUUCCUGUGGACGUGGAGGCGGGGGCCGGCGCUGCUUUCCCGGACGCGCCUCCCCUGGAGGCGGAGGCGGCUCUCCCCGUGGAGGUGGAGGCAGCGCCCCUGGCGGCGGAGGCGGCGGCAGCGGUAGCUGCUGCUGGGCCCCUGGCGGUAGCGGCGGCAGCGGUUCCCGUGGAGACAGGGGUGGAAGCGGCUCCCCUGGUGCCGAAGCUGGAGGCAGCAGCUCCCCUGGUGCUGGGGGCAGUGGCGGCAUCAGCGGGUCCCAUGGAGGCAGAGGCAUCUCCCUUGGCAGCAUCUCCCUUGGCGGCAUCAGUGGGACUGGUGGAGGCAGAGGCAUCUCCAGAGACGUGUCCUUCUCUUUUGGCAGCAGUGGAGGCAGCGGCAGGAUCCCUGGAGGAGGCAGGAGUGGCAGCAGCAGCUCCUCUGGCGCUGGGGGCACUGGCGGCAUCAACGGGUCCCAUGGAGGCAGAGGGUGGGGCAGAGGCAUCUUCUUCCCUGUUGACAGCAGUGGAGGCAGCAGCAGCAGCAGCUCCCCUGGCGGCAGAGGCAGGAGCAACAGCAGUGGUCCCCAUGGAGGUGGAGGGAGAGGCGGCAUCAGCGGUUCCCGUGGAGGUGGAGGCAUCUGCCUUGGCAGUAUCAGCAGUUCCCUUGGAAGUGGAGAUAGAGGCAGGGGCAGACGCAUCUGCAGAGGCAUCUCCCUCUGUGUUGGUAGCAGCUGAGGCAGCAGCAGGACCCCUGGUGGCAGCGGAGGAGGCAGGAGUGGCAGCAGCAGCUCCCCUGGUGGCGGAGGCAGGAGCAAUAGCAGUGGUUCCCAUGGAGGUAGAGGCAAAGGUGGCUUCUCUGCCAGCGGCAGUGGAGGCAGCAGCGAGCCGCAGUGGGCUGGGUGCAGAGGGUGGCCCAGGCAGCACUGUACAGCCAGCACACAGCCGUGGGAAGCUGUCCCUACAGAGAUGCGAAAGCUGUGGGGGAGAGGAAGCAAAGUACAGGUGUCCCCGUUGCUUGAAGUACUCUUGCAGUUUGCCCUGUGUAAAGAAACACAAAGUUGCACUGAAUUGUAAUGGAGUAAGGGAGAAGACGGCAUUUGUCUCCAUAAAUGAAUUUAGUGAUUUGAACCUUUUAAGUGAUUAUCGUUUCCUGGAAGAUGUAGGACGGCUGGCUGACAGUGCUGCUCGAGAUGUGUCUUUGCAUAGACGUACAGCUAACAAAAGUAUAAAUGUAUUGAAAAGCCGAGCUCGGAAGUACAACAUCCACUUGAAAACGUUACCUAUUGGAUUUUCAAAAAGGAGAGAAAAUACAACCUUCUUCAAUAUUAGGGAACAGAAAUUUUACUGGCACCUGAAACUUGUGUUUCCCCACUGUCAUGCUGAAUACACAAUACGAAGGGUGCCAGAUGAUAAAAUGCUAGGUGAAAUCCUUAAGCAUUAUGUUGAUCCAGUAGAGUCUGAUCCUGUAAUUCGUCAAAGAUUAAAAAUUUACACAAUGUCUCCUGAGUCAGAUGUACAAAUUUUAAUGAAAGUAGAAAACAGGCAACAUAACUCUGUCAGGUACAAUCAGCUGGAUACCAGUAAAAGCCUUCUAGACAAUUUGAAAGACAAAGUAAUAAUUGAGUACCCAACGUUACUCGUGGUUUUGAAAAAAUUCAGGAAUGGCAUGGUGGUUCUUGGCCAAGAUGCCAGUGACUCCAGUGAAGGCUCGGACAGUGAUAGUUCAUCCCUCUCCUCUCUGGAAGAGGGGGAAAUACGGGAUUGUUCCUGAAAGAUGUGUUUUGACAAAAGGGGUGGGGUCAGUCGACCUAUUAUCUGUAUUCUUAUAUCAUUAAAUCCAUUUUUUACAGAA